AACCCCCUGCCCAUGGCCGUCUCCAGCCGGGGCAACGCAGAGGCCCUGGUCGUGCUGCUGGUGCUCGCCACCUUAUACUUUGUGGAAGAGGGGAGUAUAGGGAAGGCUGCGGUCUGCUAUGGGCUGGCUGUGCACAUGAAAAUAUACCCGCUCACCUACGCGCUGCCAAUAGCGCUCCACCUUGGGCACCGACAGUGCGGCAGGGAAGGGCUUGCUGCCUUAUCUGUUGCUUUCUAUCACCUCUAUGGCUGGGAGUUUUUGGAGCAUGCCUACCUCUACCACCUGACCAGGAGAGAUAUCCGUCAUAACUUCUCUCCCUAUUUCUAUAUGUUAUACUUAACUGCAGAAAGCAAAUGGAGUUUUGCCCUUGGGCUCGCAGCUUUCCUGCCCCAGCUGCUUUUGCUCCUGGUUGUGUCCGUAGCAUUUUACAGAGACCUUGCCUUCUGUUGUUUCCUACACACUGCUAUUUUCGUGAGUUUUAACAAAGUUUGCACAUCCCAGUACUUUGUCUGGUAUCUCUGCCUUUUGCCCCUCAUAAUGCCUAGCGUGAAGAUGUCCUGGCGUCGUGGUGUGCUGCUUCUUUUCCUGUGGUUUGUUGGACAAGGCCUGUGGCUCGCUCCUGCAUACUUUCUGGAGUUCAAAGGAUAUAACACUUUUUUAGUCAUAUGGUUGGCAGGCUUGCUUUUCCUUUUUAUUAAUAGCCUCAUAAUCGCUCAGAUUAUCUCACAUUAUCAAAAAGAAGCACAAGUUGCAAAAAAACUCAAACAACUUUAA